CAGGGUGUCCGACAAGGCGAGUAUUCACCAGAAAACCGACAAUGUGGCCUUUCUCUGUCAACAGCAAAUUGUGCGGAGUCACCCGUCGGUGCCUCAUCAUUGGUAUCGCUUCCGUGCUAUUGCCUGUCAUUGUAAUCGCAUCUCUAGUAGGCGUCUACUAUCCUAAGGCCCCAGAGAUCCGAGCAACAACAACUGAGAUUAAUUCUCUCAAGAUAAAUGGCAUGGAAUCCGUCUCAGUAGAUGCCGACGUUGAUCUCGAAAUUGUGAACAAAAAUAAAAAUUAUCCGAUUGCCUUUGAUCCUGUUGAAUUAGAUUUCUAUUUUCCAUCGAGUCCUGAAUCUCGGGUGGGUACAGGAGUGCUGGAGGGUGGCGUGAUCCCUGGAGGCGAGACGACCACGCGUAAGCUGCAUGCAGUCUUCGAUGCGCCCUGGAGUAUGCUUGGGGCCAGUUUUCUUCGUAACAUGAAUCAAGGGGCCACCACUUUGUUGGUAAAGGGGCAUGUAUUAGGAUUCUCCACAAUUCUGAAAAGCGAUUUCCGUUUGUCAUCCGAGCUAGAAUGUAUCCUCAGCUACACAUGGGACGAUCAAAAAACACACAAGGACUGUCAUAGCACAAAAAAAGUCAGUCUUGCUAGGUCAAAAUAAACUGAGACCGUUGAUACUACCUGAACCAUCAAGAAGUCGACAUGAUGUAUAUCUCUUCUUCCGGUCAGCCGCCAGAAAAAAGAUUUCAACAUUAAGCCAAAAAUGUACAAAAGAACACAUCGGUAUGAUUUUA